AUGAGAGAACCAAACCAAGAUGCAGUAGUUUCCGGCCGCAAAAUUGGACCAAUCAUCGAUGUUUGCAAGGAGGAAGGAAUUAAAAUUCCAGUCCCAACCAGAACUAGGGACUUCCCAGAGAUUAGUAAGAAGAUCAAUGAUAAGCUUACAUAUAGCCUGUUGGAACUUCAUUUGCUGCCUAUUCGUAUUUCAACUGUUGACGAGGCCUUCGCCACUUUCAUGCAAAUUAUGACGCUGACCAAAGAAACGCUCAGAAAAAUUCUUGUGAGAGGAGAAUUUGAUGAGUUCCUAGAUGAUGAGAUGCAUGGCACUGGAAAGCUGGCUGAGAUGCUCAAGCAGUUCUCGGAUGAGCUUGACCAAUUUCAUCACGAGUAUGGUCUUCGUGACCUCAAAAAUAACUUCUUAGAGACCAAGAUCAACUAUAUCCUUAAUACUCGGGAUGCUGUCAAACAAGAUCAUGUAGAUGAUGCAGGGAAGAACAAAGAGGAGCAAUGCAGCCUUAUGAACACGAGGGAAUUCAUAUAUGGAGUUCUUGAUGAUAUGAAAAAACCCUCCACAAUAGUUGUGGAGGGCAUUGGGGAGAUUGAAGUACUUGAGGGUCUGAGGAAGUACUCACGAGAUGUAUUAUCCCGAGCCUUUUGUGUCAAAAUGAAUGAGAUUGCACAUUGGAAAAUGUUCGCAAGAAUAUUUGUUGAACGUUUGGCUUCACAUUUGAAGUUAAGUGUUGCAAACCUUGUGGACACAUACAUGGAUGUGGAGAUGUCUGAUAUGCAGAUGUUGAAGGGGCCAGAAUAUGGUUUCGGAUUAAAGGAGAUGCUGGAGAAAUAUCCUUUGGCGCGCAAGGAUCUUCAAAAAAGAAUCGAAAUGCUCAAGAAAGCCAAGGACAUUUGUGAUGGCAUCCAUCAUGGGUGCUUUUAA